AUGUGCAAUAGAAACAAUAAAAACUCAUCUUAUUUUCAGGAGUCUUCAGACAAGCCUCACUUGGAAUCAGGUAAUUCCGUUGAUGACUUCGACAAGUGUGUUGAGAGCUUUGACAAGAUUGUUACAAAUCUCGGAUCUUUGACAAAUGCUAUAGUUGAUGUGUCAAUUGAUGCUGGUAGGGAAUUGAAUGACAAGGCAAGGGAGUGGUCAUUUAACUGGUUGUUCAAUCCAAAGAAAACAUGUGAUGACGACUACUACAAUUAUGAGGAUCGCAAGCCACAUUUUUUCAACUUUCCUCCAUUUUACCAAACUAGAGACGCAGACUUAAACUCAAGUCAAGCAGAGUCGAAUGGUUGGUGGGGUAACAAUGGCCGCUUUGGAUACAAUUUUCCCUUCAAAUUUGGAAAUACCCCCUUUGGUUAUCGUGCUUAUAAGGGCCCAUCAACUAGACAAUACCAUGAUUGUUUAGAUAAGAGAGGACAAUCUUUGUGGGACGAGCAAGGAUACUGGAGGUGUUUAUUCCCAGAAGCUGAAGUGCCAGUAGACGUGUUGGACUUCAAAAGAAAGUACUUUGCCGAUUCAGUUGUGUCAAAGGAGGAUUUUUUCAAGUACAUGAAUGAACUUGGAGCCAGUGAACAGAACAAAGUUAUUGACUUGAAAGAGAAAGGCAAGUUCUUCAACACGUAUGAGGAUUACUUGGCAUGGAGACAAGACAAGUAUUCCGAGUUCAAAAAGCGAAAAGACGAUGAAGCUAAGGCAAGAGCAACCGCAAGAUCACAAGUGUUGGAGCUGGUGAAACAAAAGCACUCUGAGGCUGCUGCUGCUGCCGCAGUUGGUAUUGAUGAUAACGACAAGUAUGUCACUUCGACAUCGGUCAAGUCCAACGUAUUCACUGACUUAGAUACAAACGAAGUAAAGUAUGUUGAAACUAAACAGGAGUGUUUCAGUGAUGGUAAUUGUGUAGUCACAAAGAUCACAAAGCUGAAGCCAAUCGGGACUACCGACUGGGCCAACGUGGAAGAGCAUACAGAAAGCUCUUCUGACUCUGGAAAUAACGCCAAUAAAGGCUGGUUUUGGAAAUAG